GGGAAGUUCCACUGUGCUAAUUAAUUGCAUAUUCAAUAACAAAUUGCGAGAUUUAAAAAGUCUUUAGAGAAGUACAGAUCUGAAGCUUCUAGGCUGAAAUAACAUGUCAAGUUUACAGCGUAUUUGGUUUCUUGGCAGAAAAGGGUUUCCCAGCAGAAGUUAUCGAUCAGCUGAACAUUUGAAUGGUUUUCCCUCAUAACAUUUGCCUUGAUCAACAGUUGCAAUAUACCAACCUUCUCCUUCAGUGUCAUUGCUGCUAAAUCGGAUAUCCUUUUAACAAACGAAAAUUCCGCCAACUGAGAAAGGAUUGUACUUUUCUUACUAAAAUUUCAGGACAGCGCAAGACCGCGCAAACGAGAAGCCAGGAGGUUCUUUUAGCGCAAAGAGAUCGCAUAAGGAUUAGUGCCAGUCUCCCUCGACCGUAAAUUCGCGGGUUUUUCAUAGUGGUCAGCAGUAUGUAUUGCGGCUUUACAGAACCAAAAUGGCGGAGUUCGGGCGGCGGAGGUGGAGAGAAUCGGUACACGAGAAAGAGUUUAUUCGUUUGAAAGAGAUGAAUUAUUGCCCAGAAACUGUUGUAGUACAUACUGCGUUUUUGUUAGCGGACAUAGAGGCUGUCCGAGGUCUAAACGAGUUAGAGAAAGGCAAGGGCAGUAAAGCGAUACAAAUCGUUUCAGAGGCUAUCGUGGAAAUGACGCAGAAAUCACCUCUUGACGAGAAAAACAAUUUACACCAAGUGGGAGCUACAGAACUUGAGUUUAAGAUCCAUUCCUGGGUAUUCUCCUCGCUGUUUAGGAGAUAUGGUGGCCUUGAGUUUGGCGAGUCACUCGAGGAAGAUUAUUUUGACAGCUUUCCGCCUUUGCCCCAAAUUGGCGUUAGUUUUUACCUAGAGCUGGUGCAGGAAGUGGGAUGGAGUGAGCUUUUGGUAGAAUGUCUCUAUGCCGUUGGUGUGGAAAACAUAACAUCACUUCUGGAGGAUGUCAUCAAGUGCCUUAUCCAAGACCCCAGCUUUAAAGAUCUCUCUCUUUUUCUCUGUCUUUUUAACUCUUUGUUAAUGACAGAAAAUCAGCAUCCAUCAACUGAGGAACAGGAGAGAAAACUAUGUGAUGUGCCUGGAACCAAGUCUCACUCAUUAGUGUUGCUGGAAGGUGUAGCUAGCCUCAAAGGGGAUUUUAUCAACUGGCCAGCAGCACAGCUGGAUUUAAUUAAAACUGUUAUUGACUUCGCCAUUACAGAUGUUGUUACUUUGAACUUUAGAAAACAUUGUGCAAAAGGGAAUGAGGAGACCUUAUCCAGAAACUGGCUUGGUCAAAACUCUGUAUCCUGUGAACAUGGGACGUGUUCUGUAGAGGGUGAUGGCCUGGUAGAAACAUCAAGUGUGAAAUCAAUCCAUAGAGAUGAUCUAAAGGCUCAUGGACAACAGAAACAAAUGUCAGACCUUGUUGUUUCAGCUGAAUGUACAGCUUGUUUUGAUUUUCUAUGUCAUGUUAUUAUAAAUGAUUGGAGAGUAACAUCAUGCUGGGAUCAAGAUGAUCAAUUGAAUAGUAUUGGUGAGAUAGAUUACAGAUCAUGGCAUCCUUUACACAAGUGGAUCAUAAAACUUUAUGCUGUGGCAUGCUUUUUUGUUUUGUACUCUGGUGACCACAAGCUGCAGGAGCAAGCUGUGAGGCUACAAAAUGGUCUCUCGGGGUAUGUCAAAGAAUAUGCGACAGAGAAUGAGCAUACAUGGGUCAAUGGCUUUAAAAAAAGAGAAUUGAUUGACUGCAAAGAAAGUUGCUUUAAAGAGGAAUUCAUUUCACCAGUUGGAUCUGUGGAUUUGUUGCUCUUUCAGCCAGAAACUAUGGAAGAACAAUUCCGCUUCUACUUACAAAUAGUUGAUGGCAGGUUAGAAGACUAUAAGGAAUGUUUUGAUUGGUUACUGAGUGCAGAGGAAUUUCACGGAGAAUCUGAUUGGCUGGAAUGCAUGAGGAACCAUGCAGUUGAGAUAAGUGAUGUUCAACAUGCUCUUAAAAUGAUUGACAUUAUCUACAUGCAAAGGCAGUGUCUUUGUGCUGAUGAGAAAUCCAAUGACACAGUCUACAGAGAAAUGAAAGAGACUUUGUUGACUUUGCAAUCCCAGUUGCCUUGUUCUGCUCAGCAACAGAUCAUAGAGUAUGCUUUCUUCAUGAGUUGCUCUUUAAGAUGUCCUGAAAAUGAGUCAAUAUUCUUUCACCCUUGGUUGGUGGCUGAGGAGAGAAUGGCAUUUCAGCAGGAGCUUGUUAUGACCUUCAAUAAACUGAUUGACAUUAGCGAGGAAGAUCAACUUCAGUCAUCUGCAAUAGAUCUGGCUAGAGCUGCACUGCUUUCAGCACCCCUCACUCUUAACAAGGCUUUAGAGGAAGGAGUUAAAAGUGCCGGUCACACAAAGACAAUCUGUUCUGUAAGUUAACUUCUAUAAUCACCAGCAGAGGCUUGGCUUAUUCUUUAUGAUUCCAUGACUUAGUAACUCAUCAUUAAAUCAGACUUCAAGACAAUGGUUUAAAGUAAUUCACAUUAACAGGAACCAGUUAAGAAGUAUGGAUUGACAACAUUGUCAAGAUUGAAAACAAACUGGAAUAGUAAUCGAUCAAUAA